AUGGGAAAUCGACGCGUUAAGCUUUCUCGCCGGUUGAACACUUUCAAGCCAACCGACUUCGCUUCAAGGACGCAGCAGAGGGACCUACUUAUCUACAAGAGGGAGAUAUAUCCAGUCUGUUACUCAUGGUUACUCUCCAGGCAUCUGUACCGAUCCGGUAUCAACGAACAAAACGCCCCCAAGACCGCCCAUGAACCCUCCGUACUUCCCGUCGUUAUCCCUCCAAAUACCAUUAGACCACUGGCUUUUCGGACACUUUCAAAGAAACACAAUCUAGCCUUCACGUCAACGACACUACAAGCGCUUGCAACCUUCAUUGGCAAGUCCUGCGGCUCAAGAUGGCGCCAGGAAGGGCUCGCAGACCUGGUCCUAGAUGAAGUAGCAAAGUUAUGGAAGCAGUCAGGAGGUGGAUCAAUAGUGGAAGAUGACACAAAGCUGUCACUAACGGCGAUUUUAUCUGAACUGGAAACGUACAUGGUCGGAGGACGUGUCCAGCAUGAUAGAAAGCCUGGAAAAAGGACUACGGAGACUGCUAUACCCCCCCAAAAAAGAGAGCAUAACACUAUUGAUUCUCACGUCCAGGAGUCCGGUAACUUGACUUCGGAGCCCCGUGAAGCUGGACCUGAUGGUGCAGAGUCCGCUGAAUCCCCGGAAGAUGCCGCGAAUGACCACGCAAGGAAACGGGUCAAAGUUAUCAGUGCAUUUGAACAGCAACGCUUGACAUAUAACAUGAACAAGAAGCACUUUGAAUCGCCACAUGAACCUGCGUCUCUACUUCCCCCUGCCAAUAAUAGAGUCAGUCUGUUCAGGGAUCGUUAUUAUCGGAUUCAUGAGCGGCUACUGCGGAACGAAACUUUCCAAACUUCAACAUUACCCACAUCCUUCGGUGAAUCAAAUACAGCUGCCACGUCGAAUCAGCCAUAUAAAAUCACAUCAAUCACAAGCUUACAGGGUAGAGGGAGCACAACCCACUUGCUCCUCGGUUUACUCACUAUUUCCCCAAGUGGAGGUUAUAAUCUUUCUGACCCGUCAGGGACGGUGGCUAUAGAUCUGGAUCACGCGAAGGGGAUUCCAGCAAAUGGAGCCUGGUUUGUCCCAGGGAUGAUCCUUCUCGUUGAUGGCAUCUAUGAGGACGAAGUCGAAGAUACCGUGGCCCGCGGUGCAGGAGCAAUUGGCGGCAAGUUCAUUGCCAUAUCAGUUGGAGGACCGCCAUGCGAGAGAAGGGAGAUUUCACUGGGUAUUGAUAGCCAGAGCCGUGGUUGGAAUAUUGCACCAACAACAGACCCUUCAGCUGACCCAAUGAGUGCUGGCGGAGACACUAAUCAGCCUGAAUCCAGGCACCCGAGCUCUAUAUCCCGGCUGUCCUCAGACGCGCAGCGAGUUGUUAUCAUGGGAGAAGUGAAUUUGGACAAUCCAAAGACACUUCAAGCCCUUUCAAUAGUUCUCAGGCAAUAUGAUCUAGUCUCCGACGAUACACAUCCCCCAGCAUUUGUUCUGAUAGGCAAUUUUGUCCACGACGCUGCUAUCGGAGCUGGGAAUUGCGGAAGCAUCGAAUAUAAAGAAUUCUUCGACAGCCUCGCUUCGGUGCUAACGCAAUUCCCCAAUCUUCUUCGAAAAUCUACUUUUGUCUUCGUUCCUGGAGAAAAUGACCCGUGGGCUUCUUCAUUCUCUCCUGGAGCUACUGCGUGUAUACCCAGGCCUCUGGUACCAGAACUUUUUAGAUCUCGGGUCCGCCGAGUUUUCCAGGCAGCUUCUAGCCAGGAUCAUCCCACCCCUUCCCGUCAAAUAGAUGAAUCAGCGGUCUGGACUUCCAAUCCUACACGGCUAACCGUUGACGAACCAAGUGUUUCCGAGAUGGUUAUUUUCAGAGAUGACAUUUCUGGCAGGUUACGGCGAAAUGCGGUUAUUUUAAAGGAUGAUAAGGCAAAGAAACCGUCUCCUGAUCAGGAUGAUGCUGGAUUUCUUAGUCAGGCUACCACCGUUACUGACCCUGAAGACAGUAACACUACAGGAUCAAACAAAGGCCAUCAAGGCGGGGUAGACCCGAGUUUAGUUGCUGCUCGACGGUUAGUCAAAUCGAUACUUGAUCAAGGGUAUCUCAGCCCGUUUGCCCCCGCUGUACGGCCAAUUUUAUGGGACUAUGCAUCCGCUCUACACUUAUAUCCCCUCCCCACCUCUCUCGUGAUAGCAGAUCCAGAGGCAGACCCAUUCACUGUCACUUAUGAGGGAUGUCAUGCAAUGAAUCCCGGUCGUUUCGUUGUUGAGGGUAGCAAUGACAUCGCAAGAUGGAUAGAAUAUAACAUGGCCACGAAAAAAGGAUGUAUAAAGGAAGAGCUCCUCUAG